AUGGAUCAAAUAGUCACAUCUUGCGAUAUAUUCGCCUCAAAUGGCUGGGAACAUCUGAAUCCUCUGUUGGUUUUCACUGCCUCAAUUGAGCCAAUGAAACACUUUGGUCCAUGUCUUGUUUUGGUCGAAAUUGGAGAAAAACUUGUGCCUUUGGCUGAACUCAGCUCUCUACGUUUUUUAAUGCAAAUGUUACGAUAA